AUGUACUGUCCUGCAGAGAUGGAUGACGGCGACGAGCCGGGGCUAGUCCUCUCUCACAACACUUCUUCCAGCUCUAAGUCGGGCACGGAUAAGAUGUUUUCCUUAAAAAAGUGGAACGCCGUGGCGAUGUGGAGCUGGGACGUUGAAUGUGACACGUGUGCCAUUUGUAGAGUGCAAGUGAUGGACGCUUGUCUCCGGUGCCAGGCGGAAAAUAAACAAGAAGAUUGUGUUGUCGUAUGGGGCGAGUGCAACCACUCCUUCCAUAACUGCUGCAUGUCCCUCUGGGUGAAGCAGAACAACCGCUGUCCCCUCUGCCAGCAGGACUGGGUGGUUCAGAGAAUCGGCAAAUAACCUCCCCCAACCAGGCGACUCUGACUCUGACAGUGCCUGGAUGCGCCCAGAAUGGGUGACAAUGGUGAAUAGGCAAUGAUCACUGCAGCGUCCGGCUCAGAGGAACUCGCGCUGACUGUCCUAUUUAUGAUUGCAUGUUUAGUAGCUGUGGUGUCACGGGAGGAUGACGGACAAAACUAAAGCAGCAGGAUUCGCUGUUUGCCGGAUGGAGUGUGGAAGGAUGAAGAGGAAUGGAUUAGGAUGUGUUGCUGUUUGGUCAUGUUUGCUAUACAUUAUUGUCUGUGAUGGUGUUUAGCACACAAUGAAUAUGUGACUUAAGUCUUUUUAAAAAUAAAAACAAUGUGUAUAACUGUGAA